AUGAUAAACUCAAUAAUUUUGUUCAUGAAUUUGUUGGUAUUUACAACUUUUAGUCGGGCUGAUUGGCCCGAAACUUCAACUUGGGCAAAAACAGAACGUUAUGGCCAUGAACACAAAACAGUCCUACAAUUCUACUUCCAUGAAAUUUCUAUUGGGGAAUCCUCCACCAUUGCAUUGAUCGCCCAAGCCCAACCCAUUGACCCAAACGAUGUAUUCCCUUUCGGCAACUUGUACAUGGCUGACGAGUUUUUAACUGUCGGCCCGGAAGCAAACUCAACGCUCAUCGGCCGGGCCCAAGGUUUCUCCGGGUCAGCUUCUCAAGAAGGUGUGAACUCUUUUAUGGGCCUGUGUUAUAGCUUUGCUAACGGGGUCUAUAAUGGGAGCUCGUUUAACAUUUUGGGCCGAAACUCGAUCUUGAAUCCGAUUAGGGAGUUACCGGUUGUUGGUGGUACGGGUAUUUUUAGAAUGGCCCGUGGAUAUGCAAUGGCCCAAACGUACGAUUUUAAUGUGACUUCUGGGGUUGUUAUUGUUGGCUAUAAUGUUACACUUAUUCACCCUUAAAAAGGAUUUAUUCGGGUUAUUAUCGUUGGCUAUAAUGUACUACUUCGUACAUACUACAAAGGCUUGUUCUUUUCAGCUGGUCUGAUCUGAUGUGUCUAUUUUCUGACCUGGUAUAAUAUGAUCUGAUUGCUUUCUGUGAAUGAUUUUUGCACCCAAGAAAAUGGCAUUGUGGAGUGUACUAGUGUAUAGAUAGUAAAAACAAUGAUUUUGUUGACAUUUAGCUUUUCUUUGGAAGGAUCAACUUGAUCAAUUAUUAUUAAAAAAAAAGAGCAGUAUAAUCCAAGAAGCACGUUAUGUAGUUGGCUGUUGGCCUUGUAGUCUUGUACCAUGAGGUCGUCCCUCAUCCUUUCGCCAGCCCCGACCCUGAGGGGUGAAACGAGGGGCGGCCGCCCUGGGCCCCCUGUUGGGGAGGGCCCCAAAAUUACCAGUUUGUGUUAAUAUAAUAACAAUAAAAAUUGCAAUAGUAAUUAAAAGUAGCAGUGGCUCAGUUGGUUAAGUGGGUGAAGAUUGUAGCGUGGAUGAAGUAGGGGGAAUCCAGGUUCGAAUCUUGCCGAUUGAAAUUUUAACCUAUUUUUAACAUGUUUUUCAAUUAAUUUACAUGCCUUAUUUCUAUAAUUCUAUGUUUUAUUGAAUUUUUGUAACAGUAUUUUAUAUUCCGGAUACAAACAACCUAGAAAAAAUAAUU